UUUCAAAACAAACAUAUUUGCAGAGGGUAUUCAGUGAUCAUUGUUGUAAUUUCAUAACGAUUUAAAAAGGAGCAUUGCAAAAUUUCAUCAUUACCAAAACAAGUUUUUGUUCAGUUUGUUCAUAUGACAUGUUGAAAAGAUAAUUUCGAUAAAACCAUGUUACGACUUGGAAGCUAUAAACUGCUGCAAAGCAGUAGAAUUCAUACAGUGGUACCCGCUAUCAGCAGUUUUUCCAGUGGAUCCUUCAGUAAUUCGUCGAAAAGUAUCGAGCAAUUCGUCACUCCGAGACAUCUUAAUCACCGCCAGCUGCGCCAAUUGAAUGAUGAAUAUCGCGCAAUUUUCCGGCUGUUUUCUCGAUCCUACGGCAUCCCGCAGUACGCCUUGUUCCGCAAUCUACACACGUCCGUCCGCCGGGAGCAGCAGCAGCAGCAGCAGAAGCGAAACGGCGGCGGCGGCGCUCCGGACCCAAAUCGCAAAAACGAUGAUGAUGAUGACAAGGAGAAGAUGAUGUCGGUGGUAACGAAAACGCUCUUUUGGAUGAUCGCAAUCUACAUGCUGGUGGGAUUCCUCACGAUGGUGCUGCCGAACAAGAACCGGCCGGAAACGACAACGCGGUACGUCAGCUGGCACGAGUUUGUCCACCACAUGCUGGCGGUGGGUGAGGUGAAAGAAGUUGUGGUGCAUCCCGACAUGGAGAUGGUGACGAUCCUGCUGCACGACGGGGCCAUCGUCAAGGGCCGGCGGGCUCAUUCGAACAUUUUCCAUAUGGCUGUGGCGGAUGUGAACAAGUUUGAGGAGAAGCUGCGGCUGGUGGAGAAGCGGUUGGGGAUCAAGGAUGGCGUUUCGGUGCAGUUCGAACGCAGCGGGGACAUUAGUGGGAGGAUUUUAUUUACUUUGAUUGCGACCGGGGUGAUUAUUGCGCUGUUGAGCCGUAUGAAGGGUAUUCGGGGACCGAUUAGUAUGGACAUGUUUAGUCAAAUGGGUCGUGCAAAAUUCACACUGGUUGAUGCGAUGGACGGAGGCCGCGGUGUGUGGUUCAAAGAUGUGGCUGGCUUGCAAGAAGCGAAGCAGGAGGUGAUGGAAUUCGUAGACUAUCUAAAGUCUCCCGAACGAUACCAACGGCUAGGAGCUAAAGUUCCGAAAGGUGCCCUCCUGUUGGGGCCUCCUGGAUGUGGUAAAACAUUGCUGGCGAAGGCGGUUGCCACGGAAGCGCAGGUUCCGUUCCUUAGCAUGAAUGGUUCAGAGUUUAUCGAGAUGAUUGGCGGUCUUGGAGCGGCGCGAGUGAGAGAUUUAUUUAAGGAAGCUAGAAAGCGAUCACCUUGUAUCAUUUACAUCGAUGAAAUUGAUGCAAUCGGUAGACAACGAGAUGGGGGCGGUAGCUUUGGCGGAAUGAGUUCCGGAGAGUCGGAACAAACACUCAACCAGUUAUUAGUUGAGAUGGACGGAAUGGCUUCUAAGGAGGGUGUCCUCAUGCUAGCGAGUACUAAUCGAGCAGACAUUCUCGACAAAGCGCUACUUCGGCCAGGAAGGUUCGAUCGACACAUUCUGAUUGAUCUCCCGAAUUUGUCAGAGCGAAAAGAGAUUUUCGAAAAACAUUUGUCCGUAAUUGCACUGGAAGCUUCGCCGGAUAAAUAUUCUGCUCGAUUAGCAACGUUGACUCCGGGUUUUUCUGGCGCAGAUAUUGCGAAUGUUUGCAACGAGGCUGCUCUUCAUGCGGCCAGAACCAGCCAAAAAACGGUGAAGACUUCCAAUUUAGAGUACGCCGUGGAACGGCUUGUUGGUGGCACCGAAAAACGAUCGCAUGCACUGUCCCACGCGGAACGACGCGUGAUAGCUUUUCACGAGUCAGGUCAUGCCCUCAUCGGCUGGUUACUACCGAACUCGGACGUUCUGUUGAAGGUAACCAUCGUGCCGAGAACCAGCUUGGCACUCGGUUUCGCCCAGUAUACUCCCAAAGAGCAGAAGUUAUACAGCAAGGAGCAACUCUUCGAUAAAAUGUGUAUGGCUUUGGGCGGUCGGGCAGCAGAGAAUGUUACGUUCAAUAAAAUAACCACCGGAGCGCAGAAUGAUUUGGAGAAGGUCACAAAAAUGGCAUAUGCUCAGAUUAAGUACUUCGGCAUGAACGGUACCAUCGGGCCCAUAUCAUUUUCCGAGGAAAGCGAAUCGAAUCCGUACGCCGAGAAGCCCUAUUCCAAACAUCUGGGGAACAUAAUCGAUUUGGAGGCGCGCAACAUGAUUACCGAAGCGUACGAAAGAACCGAACAAAUUCUGCGUGAUAACGCCGACAAGCUAAAAACUCUCGCGGAAGCACUGCUCGAGAAGGAAACGCUCAACUACGACCAGGUGGUGGCGCUGAUUGGGCCACCCAAAUACGACGACGCGAAACGAAAAAUCGAACCGGUGGAAUUCGAGGACAGCUUGAAAAAACUUGCGGCCAGCGGAGAGGAGUCCAAGUAGAGGAUCGUGUUCUGAGUUGAUGUUGAGUUUUCUUUGUCCUGUUCUCGUAGGAAAUAAAAUAUAGUGUACAUACAAUUAUUUUCAUUUAUUGAA